AUGGAUGAGAACUCCGCAGUUGUCGCCCCAUCUCGCGCUGGUCAAUGCAUCUUCGUCAAAUGCUCAAGAUACUUUUUGAUUACCCAAUCAAUCCAAGCGGCCAUAAUUAUGGCAAUCAUUGGAGUCCGAUGGUGCUGGAAACGAUACCACGAAAGAGAAAUCCCGCCCCUACACAUACCUCCCCCGUUACAAGAAGAUAUGAAUGAAGGCAAAGAUGUUACUCCUGAGCUUCAUGUCUCUCAGCUCCCCUACAGCGAAGAUACAAUUGUCAACAUCAUCAGUGAUAUAUACCGCAUCUAUCUACAGCUAAAUUAUAUUUCGGAUUGGCAGGUCACCUGGGCCCCACCAGGAGGUCACAAUAUUAACCAAGCCCUAUGCGAGGAACUUCACAUUGACCCAGUCGUGAUCUCUUUGAUGAAGCGACUACCAUACUUCCGAUUCUCGAGGAUAGCCAGCGAUAUUGAAUUCAUCUACCGUUGGUCAAGAGCUUUCACCUAUCUUCAGGACUAUGAGAUCCGGGGAGGUCAUGAUCCGAAUCGGUUUGAGUAUGAUGACCCCCGACCCGACUUCCUUCUUCCCUACGAGAUAGCCUUGACUUGCUCAACUGAUGAGGGUUGCCAUUUAACACUCGAUACAAAAGAAAGUAAGCACUUGAGUACUCAUUCUUUCUCCUGGUCAUCUGCGAUGAGGAGCAUGUUGUUUAUAUAA